CGAAGGUUUUGUGCAGGGUUCACUUGUCGGAAGGAAGGCGGGCUGCUGUUCCCACGGAGCCGCUGCCAGAGAGGAGUCGGCUCGGGUUGCUUAUCCCUGGGCACUAUUUCGGGGCAGUUGCGAUGAGUGGCGGCGCCUUGAUGCUGAAGGUGGUUUUGUUUCCACGUGAAGACUCUCGACAGUCUAUUGGCAUUCCGUUUUCUUUCGUGCGUUUUGCGUUCUGACGGAAAAAGCUUCAGUGUGCCCUCACCACCUCAUCCUCCCGAACGCGUCACAGUCGGGAAUCACCAUGAUGUAAGACAAGUGCAUGGUUCAUUCGCACUGUUCUGGCCUUCUGUAUUCACCAAUGGCGCGCUGCAGCCCUGAAACUUUGCUAUCGUACGAUCGUUGAGGAUUGGGGAUAAGCUUCAACUAUUUCGCAACUUCUGCUUGGAUGUCAGACCUCCUUCAAUGUUUGGCUCGCUACAGGUCGAGAUCGGCAACAGUUGGGACCAUGUUGCUUUGGUAGUGCUAGCCUGGGUGAUGAAUGAUAGUCUGGACCGCAAUUCGAAUCGUCCUGGUACGGCUGAGUUUGGCCGUCCGUACCCUCUCUUGGUGAGCGCUCUCCGUCCAUGGCCAUUUCGCUUUCGAGGCUUCUGGCACACCAGGCUUCCUCUGCGCACCCUCAACCAGCAUCCUGCUCCGCCUUCUGCAGCGAUGGCUCGCGCGUUCAUCGCCGUUGUCGCCCUCCUGCUCGCCGGCCAAGGCUGCGUCGCCGACCAGCAGACCACGACCAUGCCCGACGAGCGCCGCCUCACGGACACCACCAUGGCCGACGACACGACAAGCGCCGCGUCUCGCAAUGGCGGCCCCGGCACCGUGCUCUUGGCGCUCAUCGCGCUCCUGUGCGUGGGCAGCGUGGCCGCGGCGGCGCUGGACGAGUCCACCACCAUGGCCGACGAGCGCCGGCUCACGGACACCACCAUGGCCGACGACACCACGAGCGCCGCGGCACGCGGCGGCGGCCUCGGCGCUCUGCUGCUCUCGCUGCUCGCGCUCCUCUUCGCGGGCGGCGCGGCCGGGGCGGCGGUGGACGAGUCCACCACCGCGGCCGACGAGCGCCGCCUGUCGGACACCACCGCGCCGGACGACACCACGAGCCCCGCGGCCCCGCGCGCGGCGCUCCGGGCGGCGCAGCUGGCCGCUCUCGCCGCGGCGCUCGGGCGUGCGGCCCAGCGGUGAGCUCCUUAAGAAGGAGGCGCGGCCGUGGCAGAAGUCGGCCACACGCGCGCGAGGGGCCCAUCGGCGGGGUGAUCCCGGGUCCCGCUUGCCCAGGGCCCCUCCUGCUAGGCCUCCUGAGGCCUCUACGCCCUGCCCGCAGCCGGAGCGUGCCGUCCCAAGCCUUCGAAUUGGGCAGCCCCGGGGGGCGCCCUGCCCUCGCAAGGCCCAGGGCGGGCGCGCCCCCUCCCCGGGGCGACGCAGCACGAGCGCCGACGCCGCGCACCGGAGCCGAAGAGCGUCGGCGGCGGCUGGGCUCGGAGUGCCCCGAGCGGCGUUGGCUGCGGCGCACGGCCGGGCCGGCCGCGCGAGGGCGGCCAGGGCCUCCUGCCACGAGCGCAGACUUCGGGCGCCCACUCCGAGCGCAGACCAGUUCUCAUCCUCCUCCUUCUCCUCCUCCUCCUCCUCCUGUCCUCGUCCUUCGGUCAUUGACCCCAGGCGCCUUCAGGACCCCACCGUUCGCGAGACCUUCCAGGAAUGUUCAAGGAUUCUCCCGGGCAUGCCGCGGCGCGUGUCACCCGCGCUCCAGCGCGCCGCCCUCGACAGGCAGCUCGCGCAGUUUACGGUCAGCCACCUCCAGCC